UUUCUCUCUCACUCUCAUGGAGUUCCUCUCUUUACUUUAUGUGGUUCCAACAUUGUACAUCUGUUUCCUGAUCUGGAGGUUGUUUGAUCAGAGGAGGGACCAAGAGUGUUACUUAUUGGAUUACCAAUGCUACAAGCCAACAGAUGAUAGAAUGCUUGGGACAGAGUUUAGUGGCAAGAUCAUCACAAGGAACAAGAACUUGGGUCUCAAUGAGUACAAGUUUCUCCUCAAAGCCAUUGUUAGCUCUGGCAUUGGGGAGCAAACUUAUGCACCAAGAAAUGUCUUUGAUGGCCGUGAAGCAAACCCCACAUUAAUGGAUGGGAUCUCUGAAAUGGAAGAGUUCUUCAAUGACAGCAUUUCAAAGCUUCUUGCCAGGUCAGGGAUUUCCCCUACUGAGAUCGAUGUACUAGUUGUUAAUAUCUCUAUGCUAGCUUCUGUUCCUUCCUUAUCUUCUCGGAUCAUUAACCAUUACAAAAUGAGGCAUGACAUAAAAGUUUACAAUCUCACUGGAAUGGGUUGUAGUGCUAGUCUUAUUUCUUUGGACAUUAUUAAGAACAUUUUUAAGUCCCAAAGGAGUAAGUAUGCUCUUUUGGUGACUUCUGAGUCUCUUUGUCCAAAUUGGUAUUCUGGAAAUGACAGAUCAAUGAUCCUUGCUAAUUGUUUGUUCCGUUCUGGUGGGUGUGUCAUUCUCCUCACAAACAAAAGGUCCUUAAGGCACAAGGCCAUGUUGAGAUUGAAGUGCUUGGUGAGGACCCAUCAUGGUGCAAGAGAAGAGGCCUAUGGUUGUUGCAUUCAAAAGGAAGAUGAGCAAGGUAGGCUUGGGUUUCACCUUGGGAAAACUCUCCCAAAGGCAGCUACAAGAGCUUUUGUUGAUAAUUUAAGGGUAAUAUCACCAAAGAUUUUGCCAACAAGGGAGUUGCUCAGGUUUCUGGUUAUGUCAUUCAUCAAAAAACUGAAGAAAAGUAGUUCACCUAAGUCUUCAAGUGGGGGAAAUAUUACUAAAUCACCAUUGAACUUCAAGACUGGGGUUGAUCAUUUUUGCAUCCAUACAGGAGGAAAGGCUGUGAUUGAUGGCAUUGGAAUGAGCUUGGAUCUCAGUGAAUAUGAUCUUGAGCCAGCAAGGAUGACACUGCACCGUUUUGGGAACACAUCAGCUAGUAGCCUAUGGUAUGUGUUAGGGUACAUGGAAGCCAAGAAGAGGCUCAAGAAGGGAGACAGAGUAUUCAUGAUAAGCUUUGGUGCUGGCUUUAAAUGCAACAGCUGUUUGUGGGAGGUAAUGAAGGAUCUAGGGGAUGGAAAUGUGUGGGAAGAUUGCAUUGAUAACUAUCCACCAGAGUCAUUGGCCAACCCUUUCAUGGAAAAGUAUGGUUGGAUCAAUGAAGUUGAGGAUCCAGACAACUAUGAACUUCCAGAUUUUCUCAAGUAAGGUUAUAUCUGGCUUUGCAGAAAGAAAA